AUGAUACGCGUUUAUGGCCAAAACAAAUUUAAUAAAGUAGCAGCAGACCCUCUUUUUGACUCAAUUUUUUAUUUUGAAAUUGAAUUUCAAAAUAUUGAAGAAGUUAAUAAAAGAGGGGAAAUGGCAUUAAUUGGACUUGACAGUAACAAAUCAACAAUACUUACUUUGUCUUGUUGUUGUUUAUUGCCUGAUAAGAUAACUAAAAGUGUAAAUAUUUCUGUUUUGGGAAAACUUGAAAAAAUUCGUUAUCCAAAUAUGUCCUGGAAAAGUGGAGAUGUUUGUGGGGUUGGAUUAGUUUAUCAAAAAGAAGAUAAUGUUGAUAAACGUCCAUAUGCUUUCUUUACUCUAAAUGGAGAAAUUUUUGGUAAAUAA